UGUGAGUGUGGAGGGGGCGGGGCUUCGCCGCGCUAACGGAGCACAAACACUAAAUAAACAGAAAUAAUAACGAAUAAGUGAACAAACUCCUCCGCACUGCAGCUGGAAGAGACGGAGUAAACGCACAGAGGCGAUCCAGUCUGCCCGAGAGGAGAGAGCCGGUUCAGAGGCCGCAGAUCGGAGCAUGGAGCAAGCAGAGGAACAAGGCAACUCUGGCUCCACUAAUGGCAGUGCUCCUUCUGGGGGCAACUCUCGACCCCCCCAGAUCGCGCAGAUGUCUCUAUAUGAAAGACAGGCUGUGCAGGCACUCCAGGCUCUUCAGAGGCAGCCCAAUGCAGCGCAGUAUUUCCAGCAACUCAUGCUACAGCAGCAGAUAAACAGUGCCCAGCUCCACAAUCUCGCCGCUGUGCAACAGGCCACCCUUGCUGCCAGUCGCCAGUCCAGUUCCCCUAGCAACAGCGUCUCUGCCGCCACCAGCACAGCUCAAUGCACGGUCAACUUAAGCACCACCUCGGGGGGUGGGACCAUGACGAAUCCCCGGCCAAUAGGUCCUGCAACGUCUGCAACAUCAACAGCUCUUAGCCAGUCAGUGUUGCUGGGAGGAAACUCAGCUGGGCAGGGUCAGAUGUACCUGAGAGUGAACCGCUCUCUCAGGGCUCCUCUCACUCCUCAGCUCAUCUUCAUGCCUGGUGGCACAGCAACAGCUACGGUGGCAACAGUUACCCAGCAGCAGCCCCAGCAGCAGCAGCCCCAACAACAACAGCAGCAGCAGCAGCAGCAAGAAGUCCCUCCUACGUCAUCAAGUAACCAGUCAGACAAUGACCAGGUCCAGAACCUGGCCAUGCGCUGUGUGUCCACCCCCCGUGUGGCUGCUGUCAAGACUGAGUUUCCUGACAGGAAGGACACUGGGACAUUCUCUCUUGGUCAGACUCAGCCUCAGCAGCAGCAGUUUGGUCAGUCAGUGCAGCAGAUCUCAGCCCAACCCCAGCAGCUCGCCAGCACCAAGCUUGCCACUUUCAACUCCACCAGUAACGCCACACUGACCGGCAUCAGUGUCAAAGCCCCAAACUCGGCCACCCUGCCCACCCAGCAGCCCGGUGGUGCUGCCUCUGCUACUCCCUCAUCCUCUGCGUCCUCUCCCUCACUCCCGCUGUCCCAGCUUCUUCUCUCUCCAUCCGGACUAUGCCAGGCACGGGGCGUGACUGCACCUGCUGCCACAGUUACGCAUAUCUUGGUGCCCACCUCCAAUGUGCCCACGUCUUCCCAGGGUUACCCCGUAGGCUCUGUGGCCCCCAAAUCCAAUAUGGCAGCUCAGACACUUGUGGUUCAGCCGCUGCAGCAGUCUGGAGGAAACCUCGGCACAGAGAAAGUGGGGCAUGGGACAGGACCAGUGCCUAUUCAGCCCAAAACGGCCCAGAGUCAUCGCCUGCCCACACAGAUUCCCCCACGCCACCCUCCCCCGAUCCUACCUGCGCCACCCAGCAGUGGACAGGCAACGCACCACCCGCCCCAUGUUCCGGUCCAGCUGGUGGGAGCCAGACAAGGUACACUGGGGAACUCUUUAGCUCAGGCCCGCAACUGCUGCUCCCACCAGGAUGGCACAGCCGCAGCUGCCGUCACCAUAAACAGCUCUGCCGGUAACGUGGUUACCAUGGUGACAUCAGUGGAAACAGGUGGAGCAGGGGUGUGCCUUAAAUCAGCCCAAAGUGCCCUCCCUGUAUCUCAGAUGCAGACCAAUCAGAAUGCAGCGUUGAAUCAGAGUGGUUCUUCCUCCAUGGGUCAAUCAGCUGACGGGCAGGAUAACAGCGCCACAGGGACCUCAGCUGAAGACUCUGUGUUUGAGCAAUCUGGUACAUCCCAGACAAAGCCUGUGACUGGUUCCUUGAAGAGGAAAUCAGAAUCGGAUGUAACCAAUGAGAUGUCAGUAGACGCUUCUGCCCAUUGCUGUCCAUCAAUAACAGACUCCGCCCCUCCCCUUUCUCCAGCUCCUUCAUUGGACACUGCUCCAGAGGUAGCAUUCAGCACUCCGCCAACUCUCUCUCUGCCUCUGCCUCUGCCUCGAGGCGAUCGAGCCCCUCUUCCACAGGCUGUGGUUAAGCCGCAGGUGCUCACUCACCUCAUUGAAGGAUUUGUUAUCCAGGAGGGAGCAGAACCUUUUCCUGUGACUGGUCCAAUAAAAGAGCGGACAGAAGGCGUUCCUGUCGCUAUGCCUCUUGCAAUGCAGUCUGAAAAUAGUGCUCCCUCUGUGCUGAAGUGUGAGUUCUGUGAGAGCUUCGCUCCUGCCAGCCAGUUCCGAGGGUCUAAACGCUUCUGCUCCAAAACCUGCGCUAAGAGGUAUAACGUGAGCUGCAGCCAUCACUUCCGCUCUAGCCGAGGCCGCAGCGGUGGAGAGCAGCAGCCACCACCCGCCGUGGUGCAGGAUAGCAUUGCCAGGCGUAGAGGUCCUCGCAGAAGUAGCUCGGAGAUUGCUUGUGCUAAAAUAGCAGGCAGACACCUUUCAGUAAAGUGCCGUUCGGAGUCCAGUCGUUCAGAGGACAUCUCCAGCUGUGAGGGAGAGGAAGAGGAGGAAGACUCUCUCUCCCUCUCUCCAAGCUCCUCUUUCUCUUGCCCUCGCCCUGCCCACUGCGGCCCUCAGUUGGAUGACACUACUCAAGGCAGCCUCCCAUUGGAUGGGGACCACUUUCUAUCUGCUAGCCCUGCCCACUGGAGUGUGGAAGAAGUGUGUCGGUUCAUUUCUUCUCUACAAGGCUGUGAGGACCUGGCAGGUCAGUUCCUGUCUCAGGAGAUUGAUGGACAGGCACUGCUUUUGCUCAAAGAGGAGCAUCUAAUGACCACCAUGAACAUCAAACUGGGCCCUGCCCUCAAGAUCUGUGCUUCCAUCAACAACCUGAGAGACUAAAGAGGGAAGGGAAGCAGGAGAGGGGGGUGGAAAACUUUUUUCUUUCCUUUACCAGCAUAACAGACAUGAUGUAGGAUGAGGAGCUGGCAGUAGUGUCUGAGUGACAGGGAGGAGAAUCUCUUUUAGCCUUUAUCAGUUAUGUUACAGUGGAAGAGUGACCUAUGUUAGAGACUUCUAAAGAUGACCCAGAAUUAUGGGGCUUUCAGACUUUUUCAAUCAUAUGUCGCAUGGUCCUAAAUCGGGUGUCAGCUGGUUUUCAGCUACACCACCAUGGGGUAACAGGAGUUUGGCACAUUGAUUCUACCAGUAGUACACUCCUAAAAAUAAGGGUUCUUUAAUGGUUUUUGGCUUACAGUUACAACACUAGGACAAAACUUUAAUUGGAAUAGAACUUUACAUUAAAAGGAGGUCUUUUGAACUUAAUAAAAAAUAGUUCUUGAAGGAACUAGAAGUGGUUUCUCUAUGGGAUUGCUCCAAAGGCCCACCUUUAUUUUAAAGAGUGUAGCUUGUAGCUUGUGUUAGGUAACAUAUGAAGGAAGGGAACCUGGUGGGGAGAUUUAGGUUUGGACCUUUGACGGCAUCCACAAGGAGAGUGGUUUCACAGGGCAGAGAGAAGAGAAGAGGUAGAUCAUUCAGAUUUGAAUGGGAGCUGAUUUGCAGUGAUUUUCCUGGAUGUUGAAUGUGCUAAUACCCUUUUUUAUAUAUAUUUCUUAUGUGAGUUGAAGCGAUGAUGUAUGAAUGUGUGAUGUAGAGAAUGACUGUGGGGGUUUUUGUUGGUGACUUAUAUCAAAGAAAUGUAAUCGGCGUGUGAUUGUUGAUACGAUGACUGAAGGUAGUUAGUUUUACCCUUAUAGUGCACCUGACCAGUAGAGUCAGACCCUGACUAAGUUGCCUUACUCUGUACGGUAGUGCUUUGUGUAGUGUUUUAUGGGUGUGUGUGAUUUUCUUUCCACAGCGGCUGCAGUUUCCACAGUGUCACUCGCUGCAUACAGAAUUAAAAGAAUUGUUUGGCAAAAAAAAAAUAAAAUUUCCACAAAUUUUUGUCUGUACCCCAAAUUAAGUCGAUCGUUGAUCAGCUAAGACAAGUUUGCUUCUUUAAUUUUGCAAUGGAGCUGCGAAACUGAUGGAGUUCAACAAGUAAUUGAAUCUUACAUCCACCGCUUAGCAUCACAUGUAAACUGCAUGAUGUCAUCUUUAAAUCAUCCCAUGCCUCAAAAGACAUGGAAUUGUUAAAUAAUAUUAAAUACAUUUGCUUAUUUGGUUUCUAUCACUGGCAUGGCAUGGCUACAACGAGGGAUGGGCAAUACGACAAAAACAUAACAUUACAAGACUUCAAGACCAUGUCGAAAAACACAAUAAGCACUAGUGAUAUUUCAGGCGAGGACCACUUUUUGACAUUAUACAAGCUCUUUUUUGGGGGUCACCAAAUUAAAUCUUUAGUUGUUGUUUUGUUUACUUAUAGACAGCAGUGACAAAGUAGCACAAAUCUGCCCUGGAAUCAUUUUCAACACUUCUUUACUAUUAUUGUUUGUUCACGCAGCAGUUAUUAGUAGUCCUUUCUUUUGGGGUUUUGGGGUAUUUUGCAAAAGUAUUUUUAGUAACAUGCAGAACAUUCUAACAUGCCUUUAUAAUGGGCAACAAAGCUGCGUACUUAGAAUUGCAGGCAUAUAUUUACUCAUUUUGGAUUUAAUUGCUGUAUGUAAACUAGCCACCUGACAUUGCUUGCCUCAUUUGUCAGACCAAAUCUGCAACCCUGAUAAUAUCGCAAUAUUUUGUUUUUUUCUGAUAUUUCGAUAAUUGGUGGGGGGGCAACAGAAAAAAGCAAUAGUGCCAUAAUUGAAAAAUACUAUCAAAAACUGUGUGCAGAUGAUUUUUAUGCAACAUUUUACACACACCACUGCACUAAAUCCAGUUAAAUGUGUCCAACUCUGCUGUCUCUGUAGUAAAGUGCAGUAAGUGUUCUUUAAGUGAUAGAGAUAUCUACGAGAUGCUCAGAAAAGCAUAUUCUCAUGUAAUGUAAUUUAUAAUAGUAACUAUAAAUGUCAUAUUGCCUGUUUCUAGCUGAGGCUUCUGUUUUUAACUGGGUUUAGAUUAAAUUUAGUAUAUUAUACAGGGUCUGAGUUUGUCAUUCAAGUCUGUCUGAGAUUACUACGUGAGUGUUAAAUCCUUAUAAUUCAGUGCUGUUUGUGAUUAUUUUAAUUGGUGGGAUAUAAGCCUCCAUUACUUGUUAGACACAUUAGCCACAUAGCUGCGGUGCCAAACUUGAAUGUCUUGGCUGAUCAAAACAUUUUGGGUACGGCAAAAAAUCUGUUGGAUUUAUUAUUUAUCUGUUGGAACUAUUCAUUUAAGCAGUAAAACAUGGUCAGACUGUUACUGUGGCACUUUUUUUUACUGUUUUAUCUCCAGGAUCAGGUCAUUGUAAUCUCUUGUCUCUGAAUGCUGGUCAGUGGAGAGGUGGGGAAAUGCAGCUGCUGUGAAGGAAGACGCUCUGCAUUUCAUCUCGUUAGUCAGUAUUAAGGAAUGUGUUUUUUUUUUUUUUUCCCUCUCUCUUCUUAUUGUAUUGGAAGAUGUUGAAAGGUGUUAGGUGCCCCAUUGCCCAGUCAUAGAUUUUAAGACACAAGACUAUUUUUUUUUCUCUACAGUAGCUGAUUUUAGGAGCCUUUUUUUUUCAUUUGUACUGAGAAACAAGAAUCAUUAUUUUUUUCCUUUAGGGGUGGGAGGUGUUCAUUUUAAACUUUCAGUAGGUAAGUAUCAGUAGUUUGACCUGCAAGCUUUGCAGUAUCUGUGUACAGGUAUGAUGGAAAUGGAGAGGGAAACACCUGGAAUGGCUCUAUGGGGGUCGAGAGCUGGCCAAAGCUGUUAUAGUGGGCUAGUUUCUUUGUAUCCGGAUAUACCAAUAAAACAGGUGCUAAAACAAUGA